AUGUCCAACGGAGGUGGAGAGUCCUCUGCUAGACAAGAGGCGAUGGGAACAAGUACAGAUGCUAAGGCACCGAAUGUUUCACUAAGCUAUGCAGCAGAUACUGCUAAAGAAGGGUUAAAACGAGCCACAGAUUUAGCCAAGGAAGAGAGCGGAGACGCUGCCACGGAGGAGGCAGCAACGGUUGCAAGCGGUGAAGAUGAGAGUGAAGAGAACGUGACAGUGGGUGAGAUAGGAAACUGUUAA